CAGCACGCUAAGCACGCUGGGAGCAAAACUCGUAAUGGCGUCUAGCGAAGUUUUCCAAGUCGUCCUGUCCGGAGGAGCUCCUUGGGGUUUUCGGCUUCAGGGAGGCAAGGAUUUUAGGGCUCCUCUGAAAAUAGCGAAGGUUGAACAAGGCAGUAAGGCUGAAAGGGCUGGAAUCCGCCCAAAUUUGUAUGUCCGGUCCAUAAACAAUGACCCCUGUGAAAAUAUGUCGCAUGGCGAUGCCCUCAAUAAUAUCAAGAGAACUGGGACAAAUCUCAACCUGCUGCUUUGCAACAAGGCAGAGUCCAAACAAGGAUCUGAGAUGCCCCAGUCAUCAGGGCCAUAUACUACAGAGGACAUCAUAGGGCCGUUUGUAUCCAAAACAGUGUACAAACCAGCCCAGGAUGUCCCAUCUUAUGCCACACUGCCGCGGGGGCAAGCUUACAAAGGGGAUGUGGAUGAAAACUACAAUGUCAGCACUUUCCCUCAAGAUUCAUUUAGAAAUGAGUGGGACCCAAAUAUGAUCUCAAAUCUUACUCGGACGCCAGAGCCAAUAAGGAUACUGGAAUCAAAUGAGUCUAUGAGAGCAGCAUCCUCGACAACCACCGAUGCUGCCCCAGUCCAGGUCAGAGCUCCGAAUGACCCCCGUGGAUUCACAGACAAGCCCCGCCCAAUAGGGAGGGGUGGCAGAAGAUAUGAUGAUUCUUCAGAGGGAUAUAACCCACAGUUGACAUCAUUUGGAUCUGAAGAAGAGUUUGAGAAUACUCUCCCCAAUGGUGAUAUCCAAAGCUCCUCCCAGCAAACUCGUAACGUAUCACAACGACCACCCGCAAUGAACCAGUUUAGAAAGCAGAAAGACCAAGCUGCUAUUGAAGCAACGAGAGAACCCAAGCCCCUCCCUAAGAAAAUUCCUCCCCCUCCACCAAUGAAACCGGAGCGAAAGUAUAUUGGCAUGCAUAUGCAGGAAGUUGGCCCCCAGAGACCGGCUAUACAAAGAGGGAAUAAAUGGUACAAAGAGAUGUUUAAAGAGAUGCAUGCUAGCGCUGGAACAUCAUCUAACCUAACAGCCUUACUGGCCAGUGAUGCCCAAAAGUCCGAUAACCUAGACAGUGAGCUCCCUGGGAGAGGUGAAGAGGACAUCUUUGGACGCCCUCGACAUCAGCCACACGAUGACUAUGUCCAUCCUGUUGAUACGGGUCUGGUACAGGCAGCGCCCAAGCAGUCUUGGAGUCCCGCCCCCCAGCGCCGCAGCACAAGUAGCGGCUCCGAGGGAUCUGGUCAUGGUGCUCCGGCAUGGUACAGGGAAGUUCAUCGCGGAUCUGAUGAUGGUUAUGGUGGCCACAGGAAACAGUCCUCUUAUGACUCUGGAGAUGAGCUGCAAAAAUACAUUCCACAACCCCAUGCACCAGUCAUUGCUAAUAAACCGGCUGCUUACCAACCCCCCCUGGCCAGGUCUGCUGCCGAUAGGAGACAACAGAUGUCUCACUCCCCUGUCACGAUACAACAAGAGAUGAGUAGCAAGCCACCAUCAGCAACAAGUCUCUAUGAGAGUAGAUUCAGGGGUGGUGGAGCACCUGAGAGGACUCGCAAAGCUUCUGAAGAACUUCAAGUAAAAUACCAACCUCCCUCGGAUGAUGAACUGAUCAGACAGAGAGAAGAAGAGGCGUGGCGAAAACGAGAAGAGGAAGAAGAGAUGCGAAAGAACCGAGAGCUAGAGCAGUUAAAGGAAAUGCAAAGGAAACAGGAGGAGGAGCGAAGAAGACGGCAGCGUGAAGCUGAGAUCCAAAGACAGAAGGAAGCAGCAGCAGAACAAGCUAGAAAAGUAGCUGAGCGACCACAGUUCUUUGCUAUGGCUUUAUACAGCUUCACUGCUCAGAGCGAAAAGGAGUUAUCAUUUAAGAAAGGUGACUACAUCAUUGUGAAGAGGCAAAUCGACAGGAACUGGAUUGAGGGGGAGGUCAAUGGCAGAAUAGGAAUAUUCCCAACAAACUAUGUAGAGCUGCGACCAAUUGAAGAUGAGGAUGAGCCGGACGAUGCUCCUCCCAGCCCGUAUGUCCCUGUUAAUGGAGAAGCCGGGGUCAAGUACACCUUCAAGGCAGAGUCUCCAAGGGAGCUCUCAGUUGCUAAGGGUGAAAUAGUCUGCCUCCUUAGACGGGUUGAUGCCAACUGGUAUGAAGCAUCUGUUGGCAACCAGAAGGGAAUUGUACCCACACAAUAUCUAGAGAUCCACAAAGAGCCAGGAGUUGUCCCUAAAACCAGCGUAUCUUCACCAAGAGAUUUAGAACCUCCAAAGGCAGCCCGAGUUGAAAGGGUAGCGCCGUCCACUCAGGAAUUUAGAGAACCAGCAAGAGUGACCCCAAGUCACGAACAGCAGCCAAAGCAAACAUAUGGUGAGCCAAUCAGAGUACCAGUACAGCAGGCUCGCCCCAGUCCUAAAACUCAGUACAAAGAGCCAGAGCCCGCAAUCGUACCUGCACAAGCUGUCCCUGACGAACACGAAUUACACAUGUCAUUCAUGGAGGGAGAAAGGUUCAAGGCCAUGUAUGGGUAUUCGCCUCAGAAUGAGGACGAGUUGCCCCUGGAGGAAGGAGAAGAGGUUUUUGUGCUUGAAAAGUGUGAUGAUGGAUGGUUUGUUGGUCACUCCACGCGAACUGGUCUGUUUGGUACAUUUCCAGGGAACUACGUGGUGCCAUUAUGAUGUGAAAAUGGGAACUCAACCAAUACCAGGCUAAAACAACACUCUGGCCAAAGAUAGUCCCCCUCAGACUGCUCCUUCCACGAAAUGACCCCCAAAAGCUUGAAGAGAUGAGAGAUAUUUUUCAAACAAUGUUUUGUACAUUUUUUUCUAAUUAGACAGAGUAAUUCUUUAGACUAUAUUUUUCUGUGGCACUUGGCUACUUAAGUAUAAUGCUGUAUAUGAUAGUUUAAUGGUCUGCUCUUUGACCAUAAUGCAUUGAUUGCUAUGAAAAUGUGUAAGUAACAACAAAUAUCCUGCGUGCAGCCGGAAAUAGUUCCAUUAUUAUCGUCUGCACAAUACCAACAGAAAGCUUGUUUAGACCCCCCGCCCACCAACCACCGGAGUGGAGCGAUUUCUGAUUGGCUUUCAUCUGGUUCAAAUGGAACGAGCCGCGCGAUUGGUCAAUAGCUCCACGUACCCUUCAAAUAUAUAAUUUACCAGACGACAGCCUAUCAGAAAUCGCUUCACCCCGGCGGUUGGUGCGCAGGGGGUCAACUUUCUGUCGGUAAUUCGCAGACGGUAACAAGGUAAUAAUGGAACUUUUUCGGCUGCACGCAGGCUAGAACAAAUAUGGCCCCAAUAUUUGUAACUUUGGAAGGUGGGAGGCAGUCAGAUAUUAUAUAAAGAAGCAUAAUAUUUGGUGAUCCUUCAGUAAGAAACGGCCCUGUUUUGGCAGUUGAGUUGUGUCUGUUUGGAAAAGAUUUAUAGUAAACAAUUUAUAAGUGAUCAGACAUAGUAGCACUGAUUUAUAAUUAUUUGAGUUUUUUAAUUGAAGGGAUACAAAAUACUAAAAAUUCUGAAAACAAUGCACAGGGUUAUUCAGAAUUACUUCAAAAGUAACUCACAGCAUUUUGAAGUGGGUGGAAACUAUUCAGUAGCAACUCUGUUCUAUUCAGUGACCUAUUUGAAUUGAACUAUUGAGAGUAUUAUUUGGGAGUGACUAAGGAGAUAAAAUUAAACAAUGCAUUAUGGUCUACAUGAUAAUCUGCCAAUAAUAUCUACUGUAAUAAUUAUAAUGAAUUACAUCUUUUUGAUAGUAAUUAAAAUAUUCUGUAUUGCU